UUAUAAUAUAUUUUUUGGAUAUUAUACACAAUUUAAAUUUAAUAAAAGGAGAAAUUACCUUCAUUACAAAUUUACAUAAUAUUAUUUAUACGCCAUCAAGUAAACGGUAUACACACAGAAAAUUGCCUAUAUUGAACUCCUUAAAAAUACAAAUCUUCAUCUCUAUAUUAUUAUAUUAAAUACAAUAUAACUUGUGGUAUAAUAAUAUAGAGUAAAAUAAAUUUUUAUUACUGGAAAUUCCCUAUGCAGAGAUCACAGUGACAUUUUCAUACGUUUAUGCUAUUAUUUUAGUGAACAACAUUUAGUCUGUUGACAGUCACUGAAAUGUUAAAGUGUUUUAAAUAAUAUAAAAAUUUGAAAUGGAAGUUUAUAAAUCCAACAAAGGCGGUGACAAAAUGCCUUUUGAAGGCUACACAUAUACAGUUAAGUACGUUGGUGUAAAUCAUAUUACAUGGAGAUGUUCAAAAAGAAAUAGUACAAAUUGUCCUGCAAUACUAAAGACUAGUAUCUUGAAAACAAACCAUUCUGUGACAAUAGGACAUAAUCACUUUGCGAACAAAUCCGAAGUAAAUGCCAUGAUAGCUGUAUCAAAAAUGAAAUUAGCUGCAAAGACAUCUUGUGCAAAUCCAGUCGAGAUUUAUGCUCAAGGUGUUUCUGAGUUAGACGAACGUUCUAAGUCAAUGAUGCCGCUUGAAGAAACCACUAAAAGAACACUAAGAAAUCAAAGAUCAAAAGACAAUCCUGUGGAUCCUGUUAGUCUUAAUGAUUUAAUGAUUGAAAAUGAUUGGUGUACAACUGGAAAACCAUUCCACAAACGUUUACUGCUUGCUGACAAUGGAAUAGGUGCCACUGAAAGAAUAAUUAUAUUUUCAACAGAUGAAGGAUUAAAUAAUUUAGCAUGUGCAUCAACCUGGUACAUGGAUGGGAACUUUGCCCUUGCACCAAAACAAUUUCAACAACUUUACGUUAUACGAGUGCAAGUAAAUAAUGUUUCUACUACAGCAGUUUAUUGUUUAUUGCAAAGAAAAAGCAUGUCAACCUAUGAAUCAAUGCUAAACACAAUACUAAAAAAGUGUGAAGAAAACAAUUUGUGUAUAGAUCCAGUAAUUGUACAUGUGGAUUUUGAAAGGGCCAUGAUUCUAGCAAUUAAAAAUGUUUUAGGAGAUCAUAUAACAAUAAAAGGUUGUUUUUACCAUCUUACUCAAUCAGUUCAUCGUAAGAUUCAAGAGUUAGGUUUAGAAAAUUUGUAUAGGAAUGACAAAGCAUUUAGUGAAUAUUGUAGGAAAUUAGAUUCAUUAGCUUUUUUACCUACUACAGACGUUAAAGCGGGCAUGGAUUAUUUGAAAAGUGUGAUGUGUGAUGAUGCCAUAGAUUUAGUAACAUAC